GUCGAGUCAGGAAUUGGCUUGAGAAAUUCAUUUGCACUUCGCACUUACAUAUAUAAACACUUCAUUUUCCCCAAGUUGUUUACUCUUGUCUUUCUUUAAAUAAGAGAUUCUUCUUGCUCGAAUUUUCAUAAUUCAAUUGUCAAGUCCCUCUCGCCAAUCACGAACGAUACAUCUACAUACCUCUUAUCCAUAAGUCAACUAUGUCGAACACUAUUGAGAGCUCGUGUAUUGCUGUGCAAGGCUUUGCAACCUCUGACCCAAGGACUACCUCGCAUAACCCUUCGAACGCUACCUCCUCCACUGAAGCUGGGUACCUCUCUACACAACGUAUUCAGUGCUACCUUGCCGACAAAGACGCUCCCGUGCCACACGCAUUGUCUGCUCUUCCUGCCGACGGCAAUCCCGACAAAAUUUCGACUGCUGUGUAUGCAAUGAGUGGGAAGUUGCAGCAGUUCGAUGCAAUAUUCUAUGGUAACUAAGAGAGUUGACACAACACUUGAUGAUUCAAAAUGAGCUUGGCAGCGCUAUGUGGUUAUAAGGAAGGGCCUGGAAGGUAUUUUGGAUGGUUCGAUAAUUUAAUAACAAUGGAAAAUGCGUCACCCGAGCCGGUGAUGUCCUCAAUAAAGCUUCAAUACAAAGUGGCA